UCAGAUAUACAAUGAAAAAGAGCUACUCCAAGGAAAACUGGAUCUCCUUAGUGAUACCAACAUGGUGGAUUUUGCUAUGGAUGUGUACAAAAAUCUUUAUUCUGAUGAAAUUCCACAUGAUGCAUCUGAAGUUGGAGAUAAUUUCUCCUUAUUGGAACACUUUCUAUCAGCUUUGCGUGAGAAGAGAACAACUGUUGUCGCACAGCUGAAACAGCUUCAAGCUGAAACUGAACCUAUUGUCAAGAUGUUUGAGGAUCCAGAGACUACAAGGCAAAUGCAGUCCACUAGGGACGGUCGGAUGCUGUUUGACUAUUUAGCUGAGAAGCAUGGUUUUAGGCAGGAGUACCUAGAUACGCUCUACAGGUACGCAAAAUUCCAGUAUGAAUGUGGUAAUUACUCAGGAGCUGCAGAGUAUCUCUACUUCUUUAGGGUUCUGGUUCCAGCAACAGACAGAAAUGCUUUGAGUUCUCUGUGGGGAAAGCUGGCAUCUGAAAUUCUGAUGCAGAAUUGGGAUGCAGCCAUGGAAGAUCUCACAAGACUAAAGGAGACAAUAGAUAAUAAUUCUGUCAGCUCUCCACUGCAGUCUCUACAGCAAAGAACAUGGCUCAUCCACUGGUCUCUGUUUGUGUUUUUUAAUCAUCCUAAAGGGAGAGACAAUAUCAUUGACCUUUUUCUCUAUCAGCCACAGUAUCUCAAUGCAAUUCAGACAAUGUGUCCACAUAUCCUCAGAUAUCUGACUACCGCAGUCAUAACAAAUAAGGACGUUCGAAAACGUCGACAAGUGCUGAAAGAUCUAGUCAAGGUUAUUCAACAGGAAUCCUACACAUACAGGGACCCUAUCACAGAGUUUGUGGAAUGCUUGUACGUUAAUUUCGAUUUCGAUGGUGCACAGAAGAAGCUGAGAGAGUGUGAAACAGUGCUUGUGAAUGACUUCUUCUUAGUGGCAUGCCUUGAGGACUUCAUUGAGAAUGCCCGUCUCUUUAUAUUUGAGACAUUUUGUCGCAUCCAUCAAUGUAUCAGCAUUGG